AUGGCCCUUACCACCCUCGACCCCCUCCCCUCUGAAGUCCGCCAACUCAUCUUCGUAUACCUCCAGACGACAACCGACAAACCCACCCUUGCUACCCUCGCGCGCGUCUCCCGAAAACUCUACGCCCAGUCGAUCCCUCGCCUGUACAAGAGGGUCCGUCUCAACGGCUCCAAUGCGGAGGCCUUCUUUGGGCGUCUCAUAGCAGAAGGUCGAGACGGUGUUGAACGAGAGGUUACCGCCCACAAGGCGCAUAUCCUUCACUACGUUUCGCAGCUGGCGCGGCUGCCUAACGGAAUCCCAUCCUCCCAUUUCAUUCCGUCUCCCAUUGCGCGAAAGCUUUGUCAGAUAUGGAGGACUACUCAUAUACGUUUCGAGGAUGGCCCUGCCGCUAUGUUUCUGCUAGAGGCUGUCACUUCCUUGCAACAUCUUCGCGGCCAGCUCCGAGCAAAUAUGGACGGCCUCAGUGGGGCUCACAAGGAACGGGCGUUGAGCGGGGUCUCCAAGACGUUGCUCGACGACUACGGUGACGCCUCCGCCUCAGUAGUUCUGGGGGAGCCUCUGGCUAGAUGUAUCAUCUUCUUUCCGGACUUCUGGAAGGGCGUCUUUAACCUUCUGAAGGGGAAUGCCAUGGGCCCUUUCGACUCGAUUUGCCUUCGCCUUCCUCCCAACUGCCCGAAUGCCGGGGCAACUCAGUACUGCAAAGACAUGUUCCUAUCCAGUCGUUGGCACGGCAAUGUCGCGAAACAACUGUGUAUCCACAACGCCAAUCCCCUGGACCAUAUGUCAGGGAAAGCUGGCAAAAACUUACACAUCUCUUUACUCCCUGAGGGCUCGCCGGGUAUGAUCUCACACGAGAGCAGCAUUGGAGCGUUCAUGGAUCAUUUCAUUGCCGGCGUGGACCACUUAUAUCAGAUCCCCCACAACUUUCAUUUCUACAACAGCACGUUCACAGACGAAGAUCGUGUCUCCCACGCAGGAGUCAAUUUCUGGGACCGUCUGGAGAGUGAAUGGGAGGGCAAGGGAUCGGGUUGGGAUUCCCGCAUUGUCACGCUGACUAUAAGCGGGCCCGAGAAGAAGAUGCCUUGUCCCGUCUGCCUGGAAAUAUAUUGA